AUGUCACGUCUGCAUACAUCAGCAAAAGACCAUAUUAAUACGAAUGAAUAUUUAGAUUCAUUAAUUAGUUUAAGUAAAUAUAAUGAUAUUUUUUUAUAUAGUAAUUUUUCAAAUGGUUAUAAAAUUCCACAUAUUUUGAAAAUGUAUACAAAUGAAUUACACAGUUCAUGCGAUGCAUACAAAAGUGAUUCUUCUCAUAUAAAAAGUGAAAAUUUUCUGCAUCAAAGAACAGAACAAAUAAGUGAAAAUACAUAUUUAAAUAGUAUAUUACAUUCAAGUGAUGUAGUUAGUUCACGGAAUGAAAAUAAAAGACUUCAUAGUGAUCAAAACUUUUGUUAUAAUCCUCGUAUAAGUAAAAAUAAUUACAGCACCAAAGAGAAAGAUUAUUCUUCUCGUUUAAAUCCAAUAAUAUUAGCUAAAAAUAAUUCCGUAGAAUCUUUUUAUAUUGAAGAAAGGAAAAUUUUAAAUAAUAAUGAAGAAUCAAAUUCAUCAUAUGGCAAUGAAGGGCACAAUUCAAUGAAUUGUGAAAAUAAUGAUGAUACGUAUAAUAAAUUUAUAAAGAGAGAUUGUAAUAAUCCUAAAAAUUACGAAAAUAAUAUGAAAAAUUAUAGUGAAUUUAGUGAUAUUGUAAAAAGUAUAAAUGGGGAAUUAAGCGAUUUUUAUAGAAAUUCUUCAUAUAUUAAAGAACCUUCUUAUAUAAUAGAAAAUUCUUUAAAUGAUCCUAAUAAGAACUAUUCAAAAAAUAAUUAUGAUUUAUGUGAAAGAAACAAAGCAUAUAUUGAUGAAAUGUCUAGUAAUAAAAGCCGUUAUUUGUAUGAUAUUGAUAAGGAUAGUAUUCGUAAUAAGCAUCAAUUGAAUUAUUCUACAGAAAUAUCUGAAACAAGCAAUAAAGGAAUGUUAAGUAAGCAAUUUAUAAAAUCUGAAGUUUUAAAUGAUUUUUCUCAAGAUAAAGAUAGAAAUAAUAAUCAAUAUUACUCAGAUGAUAAAAUAAAAACAGUAAGUGAAUUUAGUGAAUAUUCUGAAUUAAAAAGCAUAAAUGACUCUUUUAAAAAAGAAAUGAAAUGUAAUAUUGAAUCAGAAAAAAGUGGUGCAACACUUUUAGGAAAAUAUUUUUCUAAUAAAUUUUUCAAUUCAAAUACAAAAAUCGAAGAAAACAAAAGUGAAAAAUAUAAUAUUGAAAAAGGAAAUAAGAAGAAAAAUAUUCUAACUUUUAAUAAAAAGCCAAAGAGCUACUCUUUGGAAGAUAUGAAAAAUGGUAAAGUAGAGAUCCCAAGCAUUAUAUUUAUGAAAUUACCAUUUAAUUUAAGUGAUGGUAAUAUAAUAGAUUCAUAUAGAAGAAAUAGUAAAUUAUUAAAUUUUAUGAAUGACUGUAACGAUUCUACUAGUCUCAUUCUCAAAUAUCCACAAAUUGAAAAAAAUAAAAAAAGAGAAUUGAAAAUUCCACUUAAAAUUGCUCCAAUAAUUAACACCAAUAUGGGGUUACCAAUAAUAUAUGAUGAUGAAUUUGAUAGAAGAAAUUACCACCCAAAUGUUCAGAACUUACAUAUGGGAAAAAUAUUUGAGAAGCAUGUUUUUAGCAUAUUAAAAAAUAAAAAAGAUUUAGGAAAGAAAAUAUUUGGUAAAAGUAGUAAAUUUAAAAAAUAUAAAUAUGAUAAUAAUGAAGGUUUUUGGAUAAGUAAUAUUGAUAAAAGGCGUUUAAUAAACCCGGAAAAAAACAAUAGUUAUAUUACAGAAUUAGUUUAUGAAAAAAAUAAUACUUAUGAUGAAGAAAUUAUCUUAAAAAAUUGUAAAAACUAUAACGUUAUUCCACCUAUACAAGAUUUACACAAAGAUAAUAAUUUUUAUCUUUUUUUACGAAAAGAAAAAAUAUAUCCUAAUCAUUUAAAGCCAAUCAUUACAACUAUAAUGAGGAGAUAUGAUGUUGAUAAAGUUUCAGAUUAUAAAAUUGUUGAAUCAUGUGAAGGAAUUACACCUGUAUAUGAGUAA